AUGGCACAGUUUAUCAGAAGGAACAAUAAUAACAUUGACGUUAUUUCAUCAACUUCAAGACCAGUAUCUUCAGCUUCUUUACAGGAAUGUGUUGAAACAUCAUCUUCAUCGGAUUUAAUUGUUCAAACCAACAAUUCACCAACCACUGAUAAUUUCCAAACUGUUAGAAUAGAAGACCAUGAAAUCAAUCCAUCAUUACCAAGUCUGAUUUAUGAUAAUUAUACUUUAAUGCAACCAAAAGAAAAACAACAAAUAAUUAAUGAACCUCUGACAAGUCCUGAAUUAAACUCCCAAAGUUUCCAAAGCGCUUUAGAUACUUAUCAUCAACCUUUAACAACUGGUGAUAUGACUGCAAUUGGUGAUUAUGAACUAGAAACUCAACAGGUUCCAGAUGAUGAAUUAGCUGGUCAUGUCAAUACAAUCCAUGAACAAGAUUCUGCUCAAACUAUAACUGCACCAGUCACACAAAAUCAAAUUAAUCCAAUGGUAACUGUCACUAUUUUAUCAAGGCUUUUCAAAUUUGUUAAAUAUUUGAUUGGAUUAGAUCCACCAACUAACCAAGAUCCUGAAAGACGUCCAUUAUUAUCACCAGAUGUUGAAAAUCAACAACCUCCUCCAACAACUCCAGGACAAGGUCCAGCUUAUAACUUGUUGAGCAGAUACCGUUAUUUCUUCAUUGUCUUGACCAUCUUGAUUGGGAUUGGGUUGAUCACUGUGGUCUUAGCUACUGGAGACUCCAAAUUGUUGGUUCUUGUGUUCAAGGCCUUCUUGUGUUAUCUUUUGGGUUCAAAUGCUCAAUAUUUGUUUGGGCAAGAUUUUUGUCCAGUUUCGUGA